CCCAAAAAAUAACAGCUUAGGGUUUGACUGGAAAAAAAUUUGGAAAUUUCUUGAAAAUUCAGAGGGGAGAUUUUUCCGGCGAUUUCCGCUUCUCGCCGGCCGAUCUCCAAAUUGUCCACACAAUUUCCGCUCCCAAUUCUUCGCCUUAUCCUAUUUUCCCGUUCGAUUUUUCGCAUUUCUUUGCCAUUUUUUUUUAAUUUUCCAGAGAAAGAUUGCGGAUUUAUAGAUAUAUUGCACUCAAUUAUAUGUGAGUGGGUCUGCGUUGGAGAGAGAGAGAGUGAGAGAAAGAGAGAUAGAUGGGAUAGCAGGGAAGGGGGUAUUUAACGACAGCUGUUUUUGUCUCUGACGCGGGAGAAUUCAAUUUUAUUUUUCCCAAACAAAAUACAAUUCUUGAUUUUUCCAGUGUCCUGAAUUUUCUGUCCACCUUCUUUUAUAUUUUUCAAACAAAGAUUUGAGCUCCAAUUUUUUUGCAUGCAAUCCGGUGGUGGGGCCCAGCAAGGAGGUGGUGCCGCCGCCGGGCAUGGGCGGGGCACGGCAGCCUCGGCGUCUGCCUCUCCGUCCUCAUCCUCUUCGGCAUCUCAGCUGGACCAGCAGCAACAGCAACAACAUCAGAGACAGUUAUUGCAGCAACAGUUCCUGAGAAGACCUGAAGAAAGCGACCCUAAUUUAGUUUAUCAGGCUGGGAGUGUACAUGGAUUUUUAGGAGCGAACAAUUUUUCUGGAGGAUCUUCUAGCUCCAUGCAGAUGCCUCAACAGUCAAGGAAGUAUGUUGAUUUGGGACAGCAGCAUGGUUCCUCCAACUUACGAAAUGAUGGUCAGAACAGGAGUCAAGGCUUUGAACAACAAAUGUUAAAUCCUAUGCAACAUGCUUACCUGCAGUAUGCUUUCCAGACAGCCCAACAGAAAUCAGCUUUUGGGUUGCAAUCUCAACAGCAUACAAAGAUGGGAGUAUUUGGCACUUCAGGGAAGGAUGAAGAAACUAAGCCUGGAAAUACAAAAGUUCCGGAUCUCGUAUCCAUGCAGAUGACAAACCAGUCACAUGCUUCAUCGUCCAAGAUGCCAUCAGAGGAUUUCUCACACAAAGCGGCAACAGAUCAUGGCCAAACUGGUCAGAGGAGUGAUCUUAAGUCGCCUGACCAGUCCAUGUUGCGUGGACAAGCUGUGGCGGUGAGGCAUAUGCAGGCACAACAGACUAUUCCGAAUAUCACAAAUAACCCUCUUAUGGCUGCUCAGAUGCAUGCACUUCAAGCUUUGGCAUUUGAACGGAACAUUGAUCUGUCAAAUCCUUCCAAUGCAAGCAUUAUGGCACAGCUCAUUCCACUAAUGCAGUCCAGAAUGACCCAACAACCAAUUUCCAGCGAGAACAAUAUGCCUUUACAGUCUCCAUCUGUUCAUGUGCCAAAACAGCAAGUUAAUUCUCCUCGAGUUGCAAAUGAUAGCUCUCCCCAUGGUAACUCCUCCAGUGAAGUGUCUGGGCAAUCAACUUCUGCUAAAAAUAAAUUGACUGUAGCUAGUGGUCCACUUGCUUUGGCACAGAGUGCAGGCUCAGCGAAUCACUCUAGUAAAAUAUCUAUGCAACCCUAUGAUCAAAGCAGAGAAGAGCAGUUGCCUCCCAGGCAACAAAUGAUGCCUGCCAAUGGAUUGACUCCUUAUAACAUGCAGACAUCUUUGAAUACUUUGCAGGAGAAAGAGAAUUCAAUUAUGGCUAACUCCGCCUCAAGUGCCCCAGAAACUAUGCAUAUGAUGCAAAUAAAGCAGCUGAGCAGACCUUCAUUGCAACCUGCAACCUCAUCUCGGGAGGGAAGCUCUGCAAUCCCCCCUCAAUCUCAGAAUGGAACCAUGCCCCAGUUGCAACAACCACAUUUGGGGUUUUCUAAACAGCAGCUUCAUGUUCUUAAGGCUCAAAUACUUGCAUUUAGGCGAAUAAAGAAAGGAGACGGAGCUUUGCCGCGCGAGUUGCUCCAAGCUAUCGUUCCACCUGCUCUGGAUUUGCAAAUGCAGGCUAAUCCUCCUAAAGGACCUCCCAAUCAAGACCGAUCUACCACAAGAACUGCAGAAGAGCCUGCACAAAGUGUGGAACGUAUAGAGAAGGAGGUUAAACUCGUGAUGCCUGCAGAAGGACAAAAUAUUUUGGAGGAAGCAGGUGCUGUAACUGUUGAUUUGAAAACUAAGACCACUGUGGCUAAUGAAAGCACGUCACUGUCUCCUGCAGCAAAAGAAGAACAGCAACCUACAGGAUAUUCUGGUAAAUCAGGCCAGGAUGUUGAACAUAGCAUUGAGAAUAAUCCUAGUAAAAGCGACAUCUCAACAGGAAAGGGGAAAACAGAUCCUCCUGAAGCUAAUAUUUCUGAUACCAUGCAAAUAAAGAAACCUGUACAAACGGGCCUUAUGACUCAUCCCAAAGAUGCUGGUGCGGCUCGCAAGUAUCAUGGUCCAUUGUUUGAUUUCCCUGUCUUCACACGGAAAAAUGAUGCUUUUGGUUCAACCAUGAUGGUGCCCAAUAGUAAUAAUUUGACACUGGGAUAUGAACUCAAGGAUCUUAUAGCUGAAGAAGGCAUAGAAGUUUUUAAGAGAAGAAGGGAAGAAAAUAUAAAGAAACUUGGUAAGGUUCUUUCUCUUAAUACAGAGAGGAAGAGAAUCCGACCAGAUCUUGUUAUACGACUUCAAAUAGAAGAAAAGAAACUUCAGCUUGCUGAUGUGCAGGCACGUUUAAGGGAUGAGAUUGAGCAACAACAACAAGAAAUAAUGGCAAUGCCAGACAGACCAUAUAGAAAAUUUCUUCGAUUAUGUGAACGUCAACGACAAGAUCUUGCUAGGCAAGUACAUGCCUCUCAGAAAUCCAUGAGAGAAAAACAGUUAAAGUCUAUCUUCCAGUGGCGCAAAAAACUUCUUGAGGCUCAUUGGGCAAUUCGUGAUGCUCGAACUGCUCGCAAUCGGGGAGUUGCUAAGUAUCAUGAGAGAAUGUUGAGGGAGUUCUCAAAGAAAAAAGAUGAUGAUCGUAAUAAAAGGAUGGAAGCCCUAAAGAAUAAUGACGUGGAUAGAUACAGAGAGAUGUUAUUAGAACAACAGAGUUGCAUUCCAGGCGAUGCAGGGGAGAGAUAUGCUGUUCUCUCAUCGUUUCUAUCUCAGACAGAAGAGUAUCUUCAUAAGCUAGGAAGUAAGAUAACAGCAGCCAAAAAUCAGCAGGAAAUUGAGGAGGCAGCAAGUGCUGCCUCUGCCGUAGCAAAGGCUCAGGGUCUAUCUGAAGAAGAAGCAAGAGCGGCUGCCUCUUGUGCCCGAGAGGAGGUGCUGAUAAGAAAUCGUUUCUCUGAGAUGAAUGCCCCAAAAGAUGGUUCAUCUGUUAAUAAAUAUUACACUCUUGCCCAUGCUGUUAAUGAAAAGGUUUUAAGGCAGCCUUCAAUGCUAAGGGCUGGAACGCUACGAGAUUAUCAAAUUGUUGGUUUACAGUGGAUGCUCUCUUUGUAUAACAACAAAUUAAAUGGAAUUUUGGCUGAUGAGAUGGGCCUCGGAAAGACUGUUCAGGUUAUGGCAUUAAUUGCUUAUUUGAUGGAGUUCAAAGGAAACUAUGGUCCACAUCUUAUUAUUGUUCCCAAUGCUGUUUUGGUUAACUGGAAGAGUGAGCUUCACAAUUGGCUUCCAUCUGUAUCUUGCAUUUACUAUGUUGGUGUAAAAGACCAAAGGGCGAAGUUAUUUUCUCAGGAAGUUUGUGCAAUGAAGUUCAAUGUUCUUGUGACCACAUAUGAGUUCAUCAUGUAUGAUCGUACAAAGCUUUCAAAAGUGGAUUGGAAGUACAUUAUUAUCGACGAAGCCCAGCGUAUGAAGGAUAGGGAAUCUGUUCUUGCUCGCGAUCUUGACAAGUACAAGUGUCAGAGGCGUCUACUUCUCACUGGUACCCCCUUACAGAACGAUCUUAAAGAACUCUGGUCUUUGUUGAACUUAUUGUUACCAGAAGUCUUUGAUAAUCGCAAAGCAUUUCACGAUUGGUUUUCUAAACCUUUUCAAAGAGAAGGUCCCACACAUAAUGCUGAGGAUGACUGGCUUGAAACUGAGAAGAAGGUCAUCAUUAUCCAUAGACUACAUCAAAUUCUUGAGCCAUUCAUGCUUAGGCGCCGUGUAGAAGAUGUAGAAGGUUCACUUCCUCCCAAGAUAUCUGUUGUCUUGAAGUGCAGGAUGUCGGCAUUCCAGAGUGCUGUUUAUGACUGGAUUAAGUCCACUGGCAGUAUUAGAGUUGACCCUGAAGAUGAGAACCUUAGGGCUCAAAAAAGCACUAUUUACCAACCCAAAACCUAUAAAAUUUUAAACAAUCGUUGUAUGGAGCUCCGUAAAGUUUGCAAUCAUCCUUUACUCAGUUAUCCGUAUCUGAAUGUCCCGAAGGAUUUUCUCAUAAAAUCUUGUGGUAAAUUCUGGAUUCUGGAUAGGGUCCUGAUCAAACUCCAACGAACAGGACAUAGGGUACUGCUCUUUAGUACAAUGACAAAACUGCUUGAUCUUUUGGAGGAAUACUUGCAGUGGAGGCGUCUUGUGUACAGACGAAUUGAUGGGACGACUAGCCUAGAUGACCGUGAAUCAGCUAUUGUGGAUUUUAAUAGACCAGAUUCUGAUUGCUUUAUCUUCUUGCUCAGCAUCCGUGCUGCUGGUCGUGGUUUGAAUCUACAAACUGCAGACACAGUCAUCAUAUAUGAUCCUGACCCAAACCCAAAAAAUGAGGAACAGGCAGUUGCUAGAGCCCACCGUAUAGGUCAGACUAGAGAAGUGAAGGUCCUUUAUAUGGAGGCUGUGGUUGACAAAAUGGCAAGCCAUCACAAAGAGGACGAAUUCCGGAGUGGAGGAACAGUUGAUUCUGAUGAUGAUCUUGCAGGUACUGAUCGGUAUAUGGGAUCCAUUGAGAGUCUUAUUCGGAAUAAUAUCCAACAGUACAAAAUUGACAUGGCUGAUGAAGUGAUCAAUGCUGGUCGAUUUGAUCAAAGAACUACUCAUGAAGAGAGACGGUUAACUCUGGAAACACUUUUACACGACGAGGAGAGAUAUCAAGAAACUGUUCAUGAUGUUCCUUCUCUUCAGGAGGUAAAUCGUAUGAUUGCUAGAAGUGAAGAAGAAGUAGAACUGUUUGAUCAAAUGGAUGAAGAAUUUGAUUGGGAAGAAGAAAUGAUUAGUUAUGAUCAGGUACCGAAGUGGCUUCGUGCUAGCAGUAAAGAAGUGAAUUCAGCUAUUUUUAAUUUAGCAAAGAAGCCCUCAAAGGACAUCUUCUUAAGUGGGGGAAUCGGUGUGGAGUCCACUGAGAUGGCCUCAGAGUCUGAAAGGAAAAGGGGACGUCCAAGAGGGAAAAAGUUUCCUGUAUACACAGAGAUGGAUGAGAAUGAUGAUUUUUCUGAAGCUAGCUCUGAGGAGCAAAAUGAAUAUUUGGUACCUGAAGGAGAAAUGGGAGAUGAUGAUGACUUAAAUGGCACAAUUGGGAGGCCUCCGGUAAACAAACACCAUUCGGAAGAAGAUGAUCAAGUUUCGGCUGAUGGAUACGAGUACCAGCAAGUUCCUGGCAACAAUAGAAACAGUCACACACCCGAACAAGCUGGAUCAUCAGGUUCAUCUGCCGAGAGCCAAAGAUUGAGGCAAAAGGUCUCCCCAUCUGUGUCAUCGCAGAAGUUUGGGUCACUUUCCGCAUUAGAUGCAAGGCCCACUUCUCGAGCAAAAAGGAUGACAGAUGAUUUAGAGGAAGGGGAAAUUGCAAUAUCUGGAGACUCCCAUAUAGAUCUCCAGUUGUCUGGAAGCUGGAUUCAAGGCCGUGAUGAAGGUGAAGAAGAACAAGUCUUGCAGCCCAAAAUCAAACGGAAGCGUAGUAUUCGGUUUCGGCCAAAGCCUGUUGCCGAGAGGCAGGAUGAGAAGUCUGGUGAAAGGGCACCAGUCCUCAGUGGAAAGUCUUCCCAAUUGCCACUUCAAGUGGAACGUAAAUAUGACCUACAAAAUAGAAAUGGACGAGGACCAAAAAAACUUGGUGUUCUGAGUCCCAUACAAGAUGAUCAUUCUGAUCCAUUGUAUAAGGGUAGACGAAGUUUACCUUCUAGGAAAAAUUCAAAUUUAGUUAAAGUACAUGGUUUAGGGAAGCCCACAAGAUCAAAUGCUUUACUCAUUCCAGAAGAACCUGGCGAGCAGAUCAGGCAAAAUUGGGACAGCAAAGCCAUGAUUGCUAGCGGGUCUUCUUGUGGGGGCACAAAGAUGUCCAAGGGCAUCCAGAUAAAGUGCAAGAAUGUUGUCAAUUCUCUGCAAAGGAGAAUAAACAAGGAAGGUCAACAGAUAAUUCCCCAGCUAACUGAGUUGUGGAGAAGAAUUGAAAAUUCUGGUGACAUUGACACAGCUGAUGAGAACUUUCUGGAUUUACAAACCAUUGGUGUGCGUGUUGAAGAGUCGGAGUAUAGCGGAGUGCUAGAGUUUGUUUCUGACAUGCAAAUCAUGCUAAAAAGCGCUGUACAAUAUUAUGGAUUCUCACAUUCGGUGAGAUCUGAAGCAAAGAAGGUAAACGAUCUUUUCUUUGACAUUUUGAAGAUGGCAUUUCCUGAGACAGAUUUUCGAGAAGCCAGGAAUUGUUUCUCCUUUUCUGGUGGGCCAUCGGCUUUGCCUGCCUCUGGCCCAUCAACCAGACACAUGGUUGGUCAAAACAAGCGUGGCAGGCCCAAUAAUGAUGCCUUUCCUGAACCUCAUGAUCCUAGCCCCACCCCUCACAGACCCCAGACACGUGGGUCCCUUCUCCAUGACAUUGAAGAUGCCAAGCCUAGAAGUCACACCUCUCAGAAAGAACCAAGGCCACAGGAGAACCCACGUCCAUUGACACAUCCCGGGGAGCUUGUUAUUUGCAAAAAGAAGAGAAAAGACAGGGAGAAGUCAGUGAUGAAGACCGUGAACAUGCCAGGUGGCCCUGUGUCGCCGCCCCUGCCAGCUGGCAUGAACCGAAACAUAAAAAAUCCGGGCUUUGUCUCAAUGAUGAAAGAGUCUUCCUGGUUGAACCAGCAAGGAGCCCAACAACAUCAAGGAUGGACUAGCCACCAAUCACCCCAGCUGACCGGUGGUAGUGGAAGCAGCUCUGUUGGGUGGGCAAAUCCUGUGAAAAGGAUGAGAACGGAUGCUGGUAGAAGGCGCCCUAGCCAUUUGUGAACCUCAAUUGUAAAAGGAAACGAACGGUUUCUGUUUCCAUGUUAAGGUACUCUCCUUUUCUCUCUCUGUUUGUCUCUCACUCACUCUGCAUGUAAAUGGACCUCGGCUACCUAUUGCUAUAUAUAUAUGCCUAUAUAUCAUGUACUGUAAUAUGCAUUUUUCCUCUGUGGUUUCUUGUAUGUAUUAUCUUCUUCACUUGUGAUGUCAAAAUCUUCUUAUUGUAGUGUUCCCCAGAGUUCUCUUGAUUAAGAAGUACUACUCCAUAUUAGAAUACAAAGAAAGUUCUCUAUAGUUU